AUGGGUGACAAAAGGAAGACUAGGGAAAAUGUGGUCCCACUGCUGAAUGAGACCACGGACCUGGUAACACAGGACCUGGAAAAGGCUGAGAGUAACUUGUUUUUCUUUCUAGCCACCAAAGUUCUUGGCACAGUCAAGUGGUUCAAUGUCAGAAAUGGAUAUGGCUUUAUCAACAGAAAUGAUACCAAAGAAGAUGUGUUUGUUCAUCAGACAGCGAUAAAGAAAAACAACCCACGGAAGUAUCUGCGCAGUGUUGGUGAUGGAGAGACUGUAGAAUUUGAUGUGGUCGAGGGAGAGAAGGGUGCAGAAGCAGCUAAUGUCACUGGUCCAGAUGGAGUCCCUGUAGAAGGCAGCCGCUAUGCUGCAGACCGGCGCCGCUAUCGACGUGGCUAUUUUGGCCGACGCCGUGGACCACCUCGAAGUGGUGGUGAGGGAGAAAUCAAGGAUGGGGUCACAGAAGGAGGACAACUUCAUCAACAAGUCAAUAGGAAUCCUACGUAUCGUCCCCGCUAUCGCAGAGGGCCCCCGCGUCCACGCCCUGCCCCCGUGGCUGGAGAGGCUGAAAACAAAGAGAACCAUCAUGAGGCCAAUGCUAUGAGUCAGCAGCCACUUCGCCGUGGGUAUAGGCGCCCAUACAACUACCGGCGUCGACCUCGUCCACCCAAUGCUCCAGCUCAGGAUGGGAAAGAGACAAAGGUGACUGAAACACCUGCUGAAAAUCCUGCUCCAGUGACCGAGCAGAGUGGUGCUGAGUAAUGUCCGGCUCCCCAGGCACCUUUACGAUCCCUCAGGUGUCCUAAAAUACAACUCAAAAGUAACACCAAAGAAA